GUUCUGGAACCCUCAGACGCCGCGCAGGGCGAGGAUUGGCCCGUGAGCUCCGGCUUCGGCUGCUUUCAGUUCGCCGCCGCCGCUGCGGGACACCUGCUCGCUCGGCCAGUCCUGCGGCGCGGGAUUUCCUUGCCGCUCUCGCUCUCGCCUCCCGGCCCACAGGGUGAGCGGAAGGGCUGGACCGUCCCGUCUCCGGACUCCGACCAGACCCCACUUCGCGCCGCUGAGCCGUCGCAGGGCGAGAUGAGCGCGGACUCGGCGGCCGGGGCGCCCCUGCCCCGGCUCUGCUGCCUGGAGAAGGGUCCGAACGGCUACGGCUUCCACCUGCACGGGGAAAAGGGCAAGGUAGGCCAGUUCAUCCGGCUGGUGGAGCCCGGCUCGCCGGCUGAGAAGUCGGGACUGCUGGCCGGAGACCGGCUGGUGGAGGUGAACGGCGAGAACGUGGAGAAGGAGACCCACCAGCAGGUAGUGAGCCGCAUCCGUGCCUCACUCAAUGCUGUGCGCCUGCUGGUGGUCGACCCCGAGACCGACGAGCGGCUGCAGAAGCUGGGCGUCCAGGUCGGGGAGGAGCUGCUGCGCGCCCAGGCGGGGCCCGGGCAGGCCGAGCCACCGGCCGCCUCUGAGGCGCAAGGGGCUGGAGACGAAAAUGAGGCGCCGGCCGCCGCGCCGGAGCCACACGAGGCCGAGAAGAGCCAUCAAGAGCGGCGCGAGCUGCGUCCUCGGCUCUGCGCCAUGAAGAGAGGCCCCAAUGGCUACGGCUUCAACCUCCAUAGCGACAAGUCCAAGCCAGGCCAGUUCAUCCGGUCCGUGGACCCAGACUCACCCGCUGAGGCCUCGGGGCUCCGGGCCCAGGACCGCAUUGUGGAGGUGAACGGGGUCUGCAUGGAGGGCAAACAGCAUGGAGAUGUGGUGUCCGCCAUCAAGGCUGGUGGGGACGAGGCCAAGCUGCUGGUGGUAGACAAGGAGACCGACGAGUUCUUCAAGAAAUGCAAAGUGAUCCCAUCUCAGGAGCACCUGAAUGGUCCCUUGCCCGAGCCCUUUACCAACGGGGAGAUCCGGAAGGAGGACAGUCGUGAAGCUCUGACUGAGACAGCCUCCGAGACCAGGCCAACCCUGGCAAGAUCCACCUCCAGUGACACCAGUGAGGAGCUGAAUUCCCAAGACAGCCCCAAGAUGCAGGACUCCACGGCACCCUCAUCUACCUCCUCGUCCUCCGACCCCAUCCUGGACUUCAACAUCUCCCUGGCCGUGGCCAAAGAGAGGGCCCACCAGAAGCGCAGCAGCAAACGGGCCCCACAGAUGGACUGGAGCAAGAAAAACGAACUCUUCAGCAACCUCUAAGGGCCCUCCCACCAGCCACCAGGAAUGCUGGAAGGGCCCGUCCAGCUCCACACCCAACCCUAACUCCUUUUCUCUCAUCCGCACUUACUCUCAAAUCGAUACACCAAUCAGCACCAGCAUCUCCCCUUUUGGCAAAUCUGGUUUUUUUAGAGAACUCUGUUCCCUUACUUCAGAAGUGAAUUUUUUUUUUUUC